ACAUUUUGACAUAUAUCAGCUGUUUGUCAAUGUCAAACGCUCCAAGGUCAAUUUUAUUUUAAAAAUGACUAAUUUCUUUUUUUUAAGUUAAAACAAUGAAAAUUAAUCUCUAACAAGAAUUUGCAAGACUAAAAAAACAUUAUAAAAUCAGGAACAAUUAUGGCCAACACUGGCGUUUUACCCUUCGUGCGAGGCAUAGACUUCACCCGGAACGAUUUCAGCGACGAUAAAUUUCCCGAGGCUGUAAGUUCUAUGACCGGCGUGCAAUGGUUAAAGUUGGAUCAUACAAACCUCAAGGAAAUACCCAAAGAAAUGGGUAAUUUAAUGAAAUUAGAACACCUUUCCUUGACACGAAACGACUUGGAAAAACUGUAUGGUGAACUAACAGAACUAAAUUGUUUGAGAACGCUAAACUUACGACAUAACAACGUGAAAAGUUCGGGAAUACCUGCGGAAUUGUUUCAUCUAGAAGAAUUAAGUACACUGGAUUUGAGUCAUAAUAAUUUGAAGGAAGUGCCCGAAGGUUUGGACAGAGCUAAAGGAUUGUUAGUUUUAAAUUUAAGCUAUAACCAUAUUGAUUCUAUUCCAAACUCUUUAUUUAUUAAUUUAACGGAUUUGUUGUUUUUGGAUCUCAGUAACAACAAUCUUGAAACGUUGCCACCUCAGACAAGAAGACUAGCAAAUCUCCAAACGUUAAUUUUGAACAAUAACCCACUAGGACACUUUCAAUUAAGACAGUUACCCAGUUUGAUAAAUUUAGAAACAUUACAUUUAAGAAAUACUCAAAGAAAUUUAAAUAAUUUCCCAGGUAACUUGGAUAAUUUGGUUAAUUUGACUGAUGUAGAUUUGGCUCAGAAUGCCUUGCCUAAGGUACCAGAGGCUUUAUAUUCAUUGCCUAGCCUAAAAAGGUUGAAUUUGAGUGAAAAUGAAAUUACAGAAGUAUCAAAUGCAAUGGAGUUAUGGCAAAAAUUAGAAAUUCUAAACCUGUCCCAUAAUCAGCUCACUAGUCUUCCUCCAUCCCUUUGCAAGUUACAGCUAUUAAGAAGGCUUUAUGUAAAUGAUAAUCAACUAGAUUUCGAAGGUAUCCCUUCAGGCAUCGGUAAACUGGGAGCUUUGGAAAUAUUUUCGGCAGCUCAUAAUCAGUUAGAGAUGAUUCCGGAAGGUUUAUGUAGAUGUGGAUCAUUGAAAAAACUAAAUUUGAGCUCAAAUCGUUUGAUAACUCUUCCCGAUGCCAUACAUUUACUCACAGAUUUAGAUUCCUUAGACUUGAAAAACAAUCCGGACUUAAUUAUGCCUCCGAAACCAACUGAAAUGACUAAGGGUGCUGGUUUGGAGUUUUACAACAUAGAUUUUUCAUUACAGAAUCAGCUUAGAUUGGCUGGUGCUACUGUGCCUGCUCCUUUGCCAUCCCAAAAUCCUAGCAAGGAUCCGAUAGCCAGAAAAAUGAGGUUACGGAGGGGGAAAAGGGACCAAGAGGAGGCUGAUCAAGAUCAAGCAAAAAUAUUGAAGGGCAUGAAAGAUAUAGCUAAGGAUAAGAAUAGACUGCAAGAAGAGAUCAAGGCUGAAUCUUUGAAACCCAAGAGGUGGGAUGAGACUCUAGAAAAACCACCGCUAGACUAUUCCGAGUUUUUCGAAGAAGAUGCAGGGCAAGUGGCUGGUUUAACCAUAUGGGAAAUUGAGAAUUUCCUGCCCAAUCGCAUCGAAGAAGUCGCAUACGGAAAAUUCUACGAAGGCGAUUGCUAUAUAAUUUUGAAAACUAUCAUCGACGACAAUCAGAGCUUUAGUUGGGAAAUAUAUUUUUGGAUCGGAGAGAAAGCACCAUUGGAUAAAAGGGCUUGUUCAGCAAUUCAUGCGGUUAAUUUAAGAAAUUAUUUGGGCGCACAGUGUAGGACGAUUAGGGAGGAACAAGGAGAUGAGUCUGAUGAGUUUAUGGCUUUGUUUGAUACACAGAUAACUUAUAUUGAAGGAGGAAGGACUUGCAGUGGUUUCUUCACAGUGGAAGAUAUGGUAUUCGAAACAAGACUUUAUAGAGUGCACGCCGCUGGACCGUCUAUUCAUUUAGAACCUGUGGCUAUCAGUCCAUAUUCCCUGGAUUCACGUUUUGUUUUUAUUCUGGAUAAAGGAACAAAAAUGUUUAUAUGGAACGGUAAAAACGCAAAAAAUACGUUAAAAUCGAAAGCCAGGCUGAUGUGCGAGAAGGUCAACAAAAAUGAGAGAAAAAAUAAAGCGGAGAUUAUUGGGGAAAUCACAGGGGAUGAGGGUAAAGAAUUUUGGGUUACUCUGGGAUUACCCGAAGAUAUCAGGCCACAAGAUGUCAUUAAAGAACAUGUUGAUUCAAAUUUUACUCCUGUACCGCCACGUUUGUACCGCGUUCAGCUCGGGAUGGGCUACCUAGAAUUACCCCAGGUUGAAGUACCGCAUGGAAAAUUAGUAAACACUUUACUGAAAAGUAAAAACGUGUACAUUUUGGAUUGCUACCUGGACGUUUUUGUGUGGAUUGGUAAAAAGAGUACUAGAUUAGUGAAUGCUGCCGCUGUAAAACUGUCUGAAGAAUUAUUCAACAUGAUUGAUAGGCCUGAUUAUGCAUUGGUUACCAGGGUUAGGGAAGGUACAGAACCACAGGUAUUCAAAUGCAAAUUUGUGGGUUGGGAUGAAGUAAUAGCCGUAGAUUUUACUCGAACAGCCGAAUCGGUGCAAAAAACAGGUGCGGACUUAACUAAAUGGGCCAGGCAACAGGAAACUAAAGCUGAUCUAACUGCCUUAUUUACUCCCAGACAACCACCAAUGGCUCUAUCCGAGGCUCAGCAGCUCAUGGACGAAUGGAAUGAAGACUUAGAAGGAAUGGAAGCCUUUGUCUUGGAAGGCAAGAAAUUUGUACGCUUGCCUGAAGAAGAGUUAGGUCAUUUCUACUCCAAAGACUGUUACGUCUUCCUCUGUCGAUACUGGGUCCCAGUGGAUGACACUGAUGACAAUGAACACGUAGAUGACGCAGACGAUCUUCAAGUAGUGGUUUAUUUCUGGCAGGGCAGAGAAGCCAGUAACAUGGGCUGGUUAACUUUUACUUUUACACUUCAGAAGAAAUUCAAAACUCUGUUCCGGGAUAAGUUAGAGGUGGUCAGAACGCACCAGCAACAAGAAAACAUGAAAUUCAUGGCCCAUUUCAAGCGAAAAUUCAUUAUUCAUCAAGGCAAAAGAAAGAUAAAAGAAAAAAAUAUGGUUGAAUUCUACCACUUGAGAUCAAACGGAAGCGCCCUGUAUACAAGACUAGUUCAGAUCAAACCCGAUGCCACACAGCUGAAUUCUGCUUUCUGCUAUAUUUUGAAAGUUCCAUUUGAACAAGAUGAUGAUCCUGAUUCUGGAAUCGUUUAUGUGUGGAUUGGUUCAAAAUCAGAUCAGGAUGAGGCUAGACUUGUUCAAGAGAUAGCAGAUGAAAUGUUUAACAGCCCUUGGGUCACUUUACAAGUAUUAUCUGAAGGUGAAGAGCCAGAUAAUUUCUUUUGGCUUGGCCUCAAUGGGAAAAAACCCUAUGAAACUGAUGCUGUUUUUAUGGAAUAUACCAGACUCUUUAGGUGUUCGAAUGAAAAAGGAUAUUUUAUUGUUUCGGAAAAAUGUUCGGACUUUUGUCAAGACGAUCUUGCCGAUGACGAUAUAAUGAUUCUUGACAAUGGCGAGCAAGUUUUUCUAUGGUUGGGAGCUAAAUGCAGUGAGGUUGAAAUAAAACUAGCUUAUAAAUCUGCACAGGUUUAUAUUCAGCAUAUGAGAGUAAAACAGCCCGAUAGACCUAGGAAAUUGUUCCUGACUUUGAAAAAUAAAGAAUCUAAAAGAUUUACUAAAUGUUUUCAUGGCUGGGGAGCACAUAAAAAGCCUCCAGAAUAAAAUAGUAUUAUAUUAUUUAAUUUUACUAAUAAGCUGCCAUUUAUAUAAUUUUAUACUGAAAGUCGUAACUGUAACCAUAUUAUUUAAUGUAUGUGUUGAUUUUUGUUAUUACAAAUAAAACAAUAAGCUUUU